AUGAUAUAAGUUAAUUUUUAAGUGUAUAUUUUGUGUAUUUUUUUUAUUUAAUAAGUUUAUGCAUUUUAUUGCUUUUUUUAUGAUUUGAUUCAUUUGUUAAUUGAAAUUUAAUAUCCAAAAAAAAAAACAAUAAAAAUCAAAGUGAGAUAAACAAUUAUUAAGGUAAUCCACAGGGAAGAAAAAAAAAGGAAAAAAAAACUCUAUUCAUAAAAGAGUGUUUAAUUAGCUAUUUAUUAUAAUUACAUAAGUAAUAUUAAAUUUUCAUCAUUUUUUCUUUUGCUAUCUCUAAGUAGUUCAUUGAUUCUAAUAAUAAGCAUUAAAAAAAAACAUAAAGGUACUACUAGUUUAUUAAUUAAAAGUAAAAGCAUAAACCUCACUGCUUAGAAAAGAGAAGAAAGAUAAUUAAUCACAAAGAAGAAUACAACAUUUUUUCUUUGUACGAAGUAAAUAAAAUAAAGAAAUAAACAAAAUAAAGUAAGCAAGCAAGCAAGCUUUAAAGAACAAAGGUAUUUGAAGCAAAAAACGGAAACGAAAAUACAGUUUAACAAUAGAAAUCUUUGUUUAGUAUCAAAUAUCAAUAAAAGGGUAGAAAAAAAUCAAAAACAAGCAAAAAAAGUCCUGUAGUUAGUUUGA